AUGUUUGAGCCAACAAUUAAUAAUAUGGAUGACUCAAGUAUUAAAGAUGAAAAAGAUGCAUUUGAUAAUGAUGAAAAACCAACUAAUAAAGAACAAAUUAUGUUAAAUAAUUCUAUUAAUACUACAGACUUGCAAACAAAGUUAAAGCAAAGAUAUAUACAAUACUUUAUUACAAAUAAAUUGGCAGCUGAAAGAAUUCUUAGAAACUUAUAUGAUAAUGAAAAACUAUUAAAAAAUGAAGAAAAUCUAAGUGAAUAUGAAAAUCAAGAUUUGAAUAAUGCUAACAAAAUAGAUAAUUAUAAUCCUAACAAUGAUUUUCUAUAUACAUCUUGUUUACUAAAAUCAUUAGAAAAGGAUGUUUCUCAA